CAACUCACGUAGAUGAUUUGCCACCGAAUGCCAAUAGUAUGGAAUACAAGUCUUGAGGAAGGUAGAAAAAGAAGAUAGUAAUUACACUUUAGUCUGAUAGAGAAUGUGAUUGGGAUUAGAGCAGCCGUGAGGGGGAGUAACCGCAGCAGAGAGAGGCUUGGGGAAGAAGGCUGAGGAAGGAGAAGCUUCUGUUUAUCGUGUUAGUGGCCCACCCAUCAGGGAUAGGAGGACGGCUGGGCACUUGGCAGCCGGCUCCGUGACAGGAUCCAGCGGGCGACCGUCUCCAUAGAUUGCGCGUCGAGCUCUAGCCCGGCGCCCGUGCCGCCUCCGGCUGCCGGCGCCGCCGUCUUCUCCAACACCACCGCCUCCCAUCCCGCGCCGGCUACCGCGUGCGCGCAUGACAGCCCCGUCACGCUCCGUCCCAUCACCACGGCCACCCUCUUGCCCAUCUCGCUAACUGCCCCCCAACCAUCCGUGUCGCUCUCCCGUUUCUAUAUGGCACCCAAAAAGAUUCCAUUUUGGCGCUCCCACGCGCGCCUCCAAUCCGCGCAUCCCGCGAUGGCGACGGCGUGCCAACAAAGCAUGCCGCUGCGCGACUGCAACGUGCUGAUCAGGACCCUCGCGAGGCGGGGCAGCUUCCCGCGCGUCAUGGCGGUGUACUACGACCUCCGCGCGCGCGGCCUCGUCGCCGACAGCUUCACCUACCCGUUCGUGCUCAGGGCGAUCGGGGUGCUGAAGCUGUCGGUCGAGGGACGCAAGGCGCACGCGACCGCCGUGAAGACCGGGUUCCGGUGGGACGCGUACACUGCGAGCUCGCUGAUGGAGAUGUACACGAUGCUGGGCCGCUCCGAUGUCGCGCGGAAGGUGUUCGACGAAAUGCCGCAUAGAUUCCUUGUGCUGUGGAACAUGAUGAUCAGGUGCUACGUCAGGUGCACAUACUUCAUAGCAGCAGUUGCGUUGGCUGAGGAGAUGGGGAAAAGUGGUGUCACACCUGAUCGGGCGACAUUGGUGACUGUGGUGACCGCUUGCUCCAGAACAGGGGACCUGAGCUUGGGAAGGAGGAUUCAUUCCUACAUGGAUGGAGUAUUUGGAUUCAGCCUCCCAGUUGCAAAUGCGCUGCUGGACAUGUACACAAAGAAUGCUUUCUUGGAAGAGGCGGUGACAUUGUUCGAGCAAAUGCCGGAGAGGAACAUCAUUUCUUGGACUAUACUUGUGUCGGGAUAUGCCCUUGCUGGUCAUCUAGACAAGGCGAGAGCGCUUUUCUAUCAAUGCACAGAGAAGGAUCUAAUUCUGUGGACCGCAAUGAUCAAUGCAUGUGUGCAACUUGGAAGCUUUGAGGAGGCAUUGACAUUGUUCCGAGACAUGCAGAUGCAACGGGUGGAGCCAGACAGGUUCACUGUUGUCACUCUCCUGACAUGCUGUGCCAAUAUCGGUGCUCUUGAUCAAGGUGAAUGGAUCCAUCAGUAUGCUGAGGGUAGGAAGAUGAAGAUUGAUGCAGUUCUCGGCACAGCGUUGAUUGAGAUGUACUCAAAGUGUGGGCAUGUUGACAAGGCACUGCAGGUCUUUGGGCGAAUGCAAGGAAGAGACACUGCAGCCUGGACUGCCAUUAUCUGCGGCCUGGCCACAAAUGGUCAGGCAAGUAGAGCUCUUGAAUUGUUUGAAGAGAUGCAGAUAAGCAAAGCUAAGCCUGAUGGUGUUACCUUCAUUGGGAUAUUAAGUGCAUGUUGCCAUGGUGGGUUGGUUGAUGAAGGACGGAGGCAUUUCCAAGCCAUGAAGGAGGUUUAUCUGAUAGAACCGAGAAUUGAACACUAUAGCUGCCUUGUCAAUCUUCUAGGUCGUGCCGGUCUAGUUGGUGAAGCAGAGAAAUUGAUCGGUAACAUGUCUGUUGACAGGAACACUAUGCCACUGUUUGGUGCACUCCUCACUGCUUGCAAGGCUCAUGGCAAUGUCGAGAUGAGCGAAAGGUUGACAAAACGGAUAGUCGAGCAAGAUUCCCAAAAUCCUGAUGUGAAUGUGCUAAUGUCUAAUGUAUAUGCAACAGCAAGUCGAUGGGAGGAUGCAAUAAGAGUAAGGAGCAAGAUGACUCACCCCACUGUCAAGAAGACUGCAGGGUGCAGCUUGAUCGAGGUAAGAGGAUACUGACGAUGGAACUGAUGCUGUGAAUUAAAAAGGAGUAAAUUUCACAAGGGCGAAAUACAAGUGGCGACGAGGUCCACGAAAAAACAAAAAGAAAACUACACUCUCACGAUGAGGCGGACAAAUCACCACGCACCCGUUAACGUCCCCGUUCUGGCCUCCCCAUAUAUAUCUUGGUCAUCUGCAUUCGCGUGGACAUCUCUUUACGCUGACAUAAGCUCCGUGUUGCACUCCUACGUUACCCCGUUCUGGCUCAGGUUCUUGGAGCUGCUUCAGAUGCAAGUAGCUCCGUUAAGCUGUCCUUGUAGCCUAU